AUGACCAGCCGAGUCUUUGAUGUCAGUCUUAGGUUUUACUGCUCAUUGCAGGAUGUACAAUACACACCAGGCAGGUGGUACCUUGAUGGGGCCCAAAGCAGCUGUCACACUUCCACCUUUGCUAUUCUGCUAACGGAAGAGGAAACUGGACAAAUGCAAAGUGCUUUCCUUCUACAAGAGAUACUCACUAUGUUGGGAGCUUGGAAAGAGCCUCUGAGUCAUGCAGUGACUGAGCUGAGUAGAAUGGAAGAAGCCCCGACUGCAAUCAUAGCAAAAGCCAACAUUGUAGAUACAGCAAUGAGGGAACUUCAAGAAGGCAUUAGGAGAAUACUUGGCACGAUUCAUCCUGGAUUCCCAGAAAGUUAUGUGUACCCAUACUGGAAUGGACUGGCAUCCUUUCAGUCACCUGAUGAAGACACUCGCUUUUUUGCUUUGUAUAACUUAUUUCGGUGCCUGACAAAGGAUUCACGUAAGGUUGACUUUAAUCUUAGGCUCCUGAUGUGCCAACUUGUCUAUAAAAUAGAUUGUUAA